ACUAAAACCGUAUACUUUAAGAACACGGUCAUUACUCUGUGACGUCAUUAUGGAGCAACCAGUUCUGAAAACGGUGUAAAUUCUCGAACGUAUUAUAACUGUCACUUUCUUUAUGUCCAGUUCGUUGCAAUGGAACGAAAAUAAAACACAAAGGAAUGGAUAAUUUAGAUAAAAUACAGUUUGGUUCACCUUUGACUUCUUCCGAAGGCCCGGGAGUACCCACAAAUGGUGAAGCUCUUACUUCCAGCUUUGGAACGCAAAGCAAUUUAAAAAGACGUAGAACGGAUGAAUAUGAAGAAAUGGGAAUGUAUCCUACCAAUAAAUUAGGAAAUAUUAUCUACUCUGAACCUAGAGGAUAUGCCUCAAUGAAAACUUUUCUUAUGAUUCGACAUAAUCCAUUUGUGUACCACACUGAAGAUUGGAAGCCAAGAGGCUGUACAAUGUACUUACCUUUGACAGAAGAUAUUAUGAUCAACAGUCGAAAUAUAGAACAGAUUAGUUUUGAAACCGAUCAAUUUUUUCUUGCUGAUGAAAAGGGAAAUUAUAUGGGAGCUAAACCAGGAAAUGCUAUUCAUCUAUGGAGAUUUGAUCCAAGUACAAGAAAGUUAUAUAUUUCCAGAUCAGUACUCUUCCUAAAGGAACAGGAUUAUAGAGAAGUUCAAAUACAGUUAGAAGCUCUCUAAUUACAUCUGAAAUUUUCCAAAGUUCAAGAAUUUGAAACAUUUGCCUACAUUAGGCAUUUUUAUGUUUAUACUGCAUGUCAUAAGCUUUGUCUUCCGUAAGAUGUUGUACUUAAAUGUAGACAUAAUGUAAACUGGUACAUGUUGGGACCACAAAAAAGCAUUUUAUAUAUAAUUUGCUAGUCUGUCACUUUUACUGUAAUUUCUGAAUUAGUUUUUAUAUUGCUUAAGCUGUGAAGUGUAAUUGCAAAUUAGAUUUUAAAUUGACAGAAAAGUUUUACUUUAAUUAUUAUAUAUAAUGAUAUUAAUUGAGUUUUAAGGAUUUAUAUAAAAUCUAAUUAACACCUUUUUAGACCAAUGGCAUAAAAUAUAAAAGUUUUGUAAUUGUUUUAUUCUGAAUAUUAGACAAUAUACUGGUAUAAGAAUAAAUAAUAGUAAAUAUUUUGUUUAUCAUAUCACAGUGUGAUAAUUAUACAUUAGUUUAUAAUUAUAAGCAUCCUACAUAGGAUUUUUUUAUUAAUUACAAAUAAUAGAUAUAUUAUGAAUAUUUUGUAUUAUUAUUUAUUUUCAUCUGAUAACCUUCCAUUUAUUCUUGCUAUUUAUAUUAUUAAUAUAAUUCUGUCAAUAUAUUGCCUCAAUACAAGAUUAAUCAAUGCUGACAUUCCAUUAUAUUGAAAUAUGAGAGUGUAAGACAAUAAAUUGACAAAUUGGUGUUAAUUAGAUUCUUUAUACCAUAUCUUAUUACCAUUAUUUAUAAUAAUAAAAAAAUUAUUAUAAUUCAUUUUAAAUCUAAUGAUUGCUGUUAAGAUACAUUUUGCUUUACAUGUUAUAUGAAGUAAUUGUCUUUUUAUAAAACUUAUGAAAACACAUACCAUCAUAAAUCAUAAUCAUUUACCAGGAAAGAAAAGCAGAAAUUGAAUUUUAAUUAAAAAACAGUAAAAUUAAUGCCUGUUUGUACAAUAAUCUUUCUAAAUAACUUGUUGAUCUUUUCCCUAAACUAUAGAAAUUUCAUAAGAAUUAAAUAUUACUUAUUUAUUAAUAAUAGAACCGUCCAACAUUAUAUCAAGAUUAUUUCAAAUGACUAUAAUAGAUCUUAGAAUUAUCGAUGGUAUGUGUAAUUAAUAAAUAUUAAAAUUAUUUAUAUUUUAAUUGAAUUGUUUUAAAAAUUUAAGUGGUUAAAUGUACUGUUAAAGUAUAUAUUGUACUUAUUGUCAUUUUGCUGGUUGUAUCAUAGAAGAAAGUGUGAAAUGCAACUGAUGCUUAAGAUAGGCAUCUAGAAAUUGGAAAUUCUUAUACUCAUUAAAAACGCACAAACAGAUGUACCUGUAUAUUCAAAUUAAUUCAUUGAAUCUCAGAUCAGUGUGUAUUUAUUUAUUUGUUUUAACCUCAUCUUCAUUGCUCAAAUUAUACUGUAGUAGAUAAACCAAAUUAGUUUUUAAUAUUUUUAUAUUAGUGCCAUGUUUUUAGUCUGUUUUUGUUUUGUUUUGUUUUUUUUUUGUUCUGUAGAAAAUUAUAAAAGUUUACUAUUGAGAUUAAAAAAAAAAUUAUUACAUGUUAUAUGUACUUUUUUUAUGCAUAUCUGAAAUUAAUGUCUUAAACUCUAAAGCAUAAAGUAAAGAAAAAAAAGAAUUUUUUUUUGUUUUCAUUUCUUAGCUUUCUCUUUCUAAUUAUAUUAUUGUUUUGGAUGUCGUUUCUUCACUAAUAAAGUUCAGCUUGUAAUUUUUUGUUUAUAUUUCUUUAUAAAUUUGAAUGUCAAUGUUUCCUGUAUAUUAUUAACUCUGAUGUUUAAUAAGAGAUAAAGGAACAAAACACUGACUUUAUUAAUGAAGAAAUAUCCAAAACAAUAAUAUAGUUAAGAGAAAAAAAAUACAAAAAUAAUAAUAAUGAAAAUUUAGGUAAAAAAAA